GCGAUCGGUGUCCUGACCCGCUUCUCCCGCCUGGGGAGAGUCUGGGCACCCUGCGGUCUCCGGGGUGCCCCCGUCCACCACAGCCCGAGGGAAUGUCAGGGUCAGCGUGGAGGCGGGAGCGCAGAGUUGCGAGAGCCCCUGCACGUGAGCAGAGAAAUGGUGUUUGUGCCUGGCCUGUCGCUCACCUGACUUGGCAGCUAUUGCUGAUCAUGGGUCUGAAAGCUGAGCCCCGAGCUGAGGAGACAGCCGUUAGAGUGGCUGUGCGCAUUCGACCCCUGCUGCCCAAGGAGCUGUUGCAUGGGCAUGAGACCUGCCUCCAUGGAAACCCAGAGACCAAGGAAGUGACCCUGGGGCGUAACCGCCAUUUCCACUUUGAUGCUGUCUUUACUGAAUCCUCCGAUCAAGAGUCAGUGUAUGGUGCCUGCGUGCAGCCGCUGGUCGAGGCCUUCUUUGAAGGCUUCAACGUUACUGUGUUUGCUUAUGGCCAGACAGGCUCGGGCAAAACCUACACCAUUGGGGAAGCAAGUGUCUCUUCUAUUAAUGAGGAUGAGCAGGGGAUCAUUCCACGUGCCAUGGCUGAGACCUUCAAACUCAUUGACGAGAAUGACCUGAUUGACUACACAGUCAGAGUCUCCUACCUGGAGGUGUACAAGGAGGAGUUCCAGGACCUCCUGCAAGUGGAGACAGCCAGCAAGGACAUCCAGAUCCGUGAGGAUGACAAGGGCAAUAUUGUGUUGUAUGGGGUGAAGGAAACAGAAGUGGAGGGGCUGGAUGAGGUCCUGAGUCUGCUAGAAAUGGGCAACACCGUCAAGCACACGGGAGCCACCCACAUCAACACACAGUCGAGCCGCUCGCACACUAUCUUCACCAUGACCAUGGAGCAGCGGCGUGGUGCUGGCCGCCUCACUCGCCUCGUCCUCCAUGACCGGGCCUCGGUCCCAGCCUCCGGCCAAGUCCUGACUUCCAAAUUCCACUUUGUGGACCUUGCAGGCUCCGAGCGGGUGGUGAAGACCGGAAACACAGGGGAGCGCCUGAAGGAGAGUAUCCAGAUCAACAGUGGCCUGCUGGCCCUGGGCAACGUGAUCAGCGCCUUGGGGGACCCUCGCAGGAAAUGCAGCCACAUUCCCUACAGGGAUUCUAAAAUCACCAGGAUCCUGAAAGACUCCCUGGGGGGCAAUGCCCAGACUGUCAUGAUUGCCUGCGUCAGCCCUUCCUCCUCUGAUUUUGACGAGAGUCUCAACACGCUGAAUUAUGCCAGCCGCGCUCAGAACAUUAAGAACAGGGCCGUGGUGAACUGCCGCCGGGAGACGGAGCAUGUAGAGGAGCUGCAGCUUCAAAUCAAGAGCCUGCAGAAGGCGCUGGAGCAGCGGCACCGUUCGGAGACCCGUAUCAUAAACCGCUCCGAUGCUGCCAAGCGGUGCCCGCCAGAGCACACGGCCCGCUUGCUGGCAGAGUGCGCUCACUACAGGACGUGCACGGAUGCCGCCUACCAGCUCCUGACGGAGCUGCAGAGGGAGGGCAACCUGACCGUGGAGCAGAUCCUGCGGGUCAAGGAGUGGCUGUGCGCGGUGGAGAGCGGGAGGAGCGAGCUGACCUCGGCCUCUGGCCAGGACAGUGGCAUUGAGAGCGCCUCAGCAGAGGAUCAGUGUCCCCAGGCGCAAGGCUCAAAGCCCUCACGGUCUCAGGUGAGUGCAGAGAAGGCAGGUGAGGAAACCAGAGAUGAACAGCUGGCCCAGCUGCAGAGACAAGUGGAGCGUCUGGAGGAGGAGAACCGGGACUUCCUGGCUGCCCUGGAAGAUGCCAUGGAGCAGUACAAACUGCAGAGCGACAAGCUGCAGGAGCAGCAGGAUGCCAUCUCUGAGCUACACGUGCGCUUGGAGAUGGCCGUGCCAAACCUGCCGGUGCCGGAGCUGCUGCAAAAUGUUCACCUGGUGGAGCUUGCCCAGAGACCUCACACAGCCCCGCCGAAUACUGCACAGUCCCAUGACCUCAGCAUGGGGCAGUCAAGGCCGUCCCUCACCAGCCAGAGCCAUUGUGGAAAGCUCAACAGCCCAGCCCAGCUGGGGGAGGACCCGGCCAUGCCUUGCCAUACCCAUGCACAGGGCGUGGCCUGCAGACGGGAGGCCAGAGAUGUGCUGCUGAUGAGGGAGUGCAGCGAGGACUCCGAGGAAGAGGGGGAGACAAAACAGGCGUUGCACAAGCGGAGAAACGGGAUCCGAAGCUUGUGCCAAGACGUUUCCAGCAAGCUGUGUGAGGAGGGGAGCAGAGGCAGCUCACUGCCCAUCCAGGAGGAGUCCCUGGAGCUGCCCAAAGAGGCCUGCAGGAGGAGGGGGCUGGCUGGUCCCAGGGAAAGCCUUUCAGGGAAGGACUCAGAGCGGCGGCUGGUGCAAGCCCAGCAGAAGAUCCGGGAGCUUGCAAUAAACAUUCGUAUGAAGGAGGAGCUGAUCGCGGAGCUCAUCAAGACAGGCAAGGAUGCCCAAGCCAUGAACAGACAGUACUGCCAGAAGAUCUUUGAGCUGGAGCAGGAGGCGGAGCAGGUGCGAGCAGAGCUGAGCAGUGGCCAGAAGCAGCUGCAGGAACUGGAGGGGAAGGAGCCCCGGGACACUGGAGAGAAAUGCAAACUGCAGGAGUAUCGCACGCGGGUUGCAGCAGCCCAGGGCAAGGCACGGGUGCUGCGAGAGAAGAAGCAAGUGACGGAGAGGUUGGUGUCGCUCUCGGCCCAGAGUGAGAAGCGGGUGCAGGAGCUGGAAAGAAAUGUCCAGCUGAUGCGGCGGCAGCAGGGGCAGCUGCAGAGACGCCUGCGCGAGGAGACUGAGCAGAAACGCCGCCUGGAGACGGAGAUGCACAAGCGGCAGCAUCGCGUCAAGGAGCUGGAGCUGAAGCAUGAGAAGCAUCAGAAGAUCCUGCGCAUCAAGACGGAGGAGAUUGCAGCUUUCCAGAGGAAACAGAGGAGUGGCAGCAAUGGCUCUGUGCUCAGCCUGGAGCAGCAGCAGAAAAUCGAGGAGCAGAAGAAGUGGCUGGACCUGGAAAUGGACAAAGUCCUUGAGCAGCGCCGUGCCCUGGACGAGCUGGAGGACGAGCUGAGGAAACGGGUCCAAGAGAAGAACGGCCUGGAGUCCAAGAGACGCCGCUCCAGCCAGGCCUUGACUGAUGACAUUGUGCGGGUGUCCAGCCGCCUGGAGCUCCUGGAAAAGGAGCUGACGGAGAAAAACGGGCAGCUCCGUCAUGGCAGCGCUCACGACCAGCAGCAGAUCCGGCAGGAGAUCAACAGCUUGCGCCAGGAGAAGGACCAGCUGCUCAAACAAAGGCUGGAGAUAGACAACAAGCUGCGCCAGGGCACCCUGCUAUCCCCAGAGGUAACCAGCUGCCUGGAGGCUCUGGAUGCUGCAAUUGAGUACAAGAAUGAGUCGAUCACAUGCAGACAGCGGGUCCUGCGGGAGUCAGCCAGCUUGCUGUCCCAGUGUGAGAUGAACCUAAUGGCGAAGCUCAGCUACCUCUCCUCCUCUGAGACCCGCGCUCUUCUCUGCAAGUACUUUGAUAAGGUGGUGACCCUGCGAGAGGAUCAGCACAGGCAGCACAUUAGUUUCUCGGAGCUAGAAAUGCAGCUGGAAGAGCAACAGCAGCUGGUGUACUGGCUGGAGGUAGCUGUGGAGCGCCAGCGCCUGGAGAUGGACCGCCAGCUCACCCUGCAACAGACGGAGCACGAGCAGAACAUCCAGUUCCUGCUCAAGCAAAGCCAAGAGCACUUGGGUGAGGAGCUGGCCAGCAGCAAGCUACAGUUUGAGGGAAGAAUUCAAGUGCUGGAAAAAGAACUGAGCCGCUACAUGUGGGCAAACCAGGUGCUGAACCAGAGGCUGAGUAAUCUGAGCUACCCAGGACAGAGUAAAGCAGGGGUGGAGAGAAGCAUACUUGGAGCUGGGGACAGACCUUCUGCAGUACUUGGGACCUGUGAAGAAUUGGGCACUGGUUUUGUGGAACAGCAGAUGCAGCUGGCUGUCCCUGAAGGAAGCCAUAAGUGCAGGGAUGAAAAUAGGGACUUGGUGUAUGCACCUUUACCAUCCACAUGGAGGCGCUCUUCCCUGCCCACUGACAACCCCUUGGGCUCAGAGGGGAUUCAACAGAGAGAGGCAGAGUACCUGCUGAGACUGGGGCAGCCCCACGAGGGAGCCCUGUCAUGGAACCUGACUCCUCUGCCCAAACCUGGCAAGGAGUUGCGUAGAGCCAGCCUCAGUGUUGCUCCAGUGCUUUCCCAUCCAGGAAUGAUUGAUGUCAGGAGAAACCCAGUCUAGAGCCAAGCUUUGAACAUUAACCAUGCACAGCACUGCAAGGGGCAAUCGCUACUACAUGUAGUCAGUAAAUACCUUUCCUGGUGCCCACAAAACAUGCUGCAUUUCAUUGAGGACUGGGGUGGGAGUUCAGAUAUUUUCACUCCAAGGACAAGUUGCUAAAAAGGCAGCUGAUUGGAUGCAGUGUCACUUCCUUGCACCGUAGUAUUGGCUGGGUAGUCUUCCUGGCCCUCAUCCAUUGCAGCUUCCCAAGGCAGAGUGAGGGGGACAGCUCUGGUCAGGCCCUCUCACACUAUAGAUUUUUGUUACUGUUCUGGAACCUGCCUGCUCCCUAGAGGAGCUUAUCCUGCUGGUCUCCUCCUGUGUUAGUGCAGGGGGAGCUGUAUUAAGUGCUCUAGGGGAAUUGUAAAUAUCUUUGUAGUAACUUUUUUACGUUUCUGCUGUU